CCAGCUCUGCCGCGGGGACUGCACCGCCCGCCCUGCCGGACCCGCCCCGUCCGACCGGGGCUCGUCGUCUGCAGCCAACGCAGCUCCACGACCUCGGGCCCCGCGCGGGCUAUGGCCGUGCCCCGGGGCUGAGCGCGCAGGCUGUGUGACCCAGACCCCUGAGACCGAAGAGACGCGAGGGAGGCGGGGCGGGCUCCUGGCAAGGCAUCUGCGCCUGGACGAGUCCUGCAGAAGAUGGAGAAGGAAGAGGAGACCACACGGGAGCUGCUGCUGCCCAACUGGCAGGGCAGCGGCUCCCACGGGCUGACCAUUGCCCAGAGGGACGACGGCGUGUUCGUGCAGGAGGUGAUGCAGAAUUCCCCUGCGGCCCGCACUGGGGUGGUCAAAGAGGGGGACCAGAUCGUGGGCGCCACCAUCUACUUUGACAACCUGCAGUCGGCUGAGGUGACGCAGCUGCUGAACACCAUGGGCCACCACACCGUGGGGCUGAAACUGCACCGCAAGGGGGACCGUUCCCCCGAGCCCGGCCAGGGCUGGAGCCACGAAGUCUUCAGCUCGCACAGCUCCGAGGUGGUUCUGAGCGGGGACGAUGAAGAGUACCAGCGCAUCUACACCACCAAGAUCAAGCCUCGGCUGCGGUCGGAGGAUGGCUUGGAAGGGGAUCUUGGGGAGACCCAGAGCCGUACCAUAACGGUGACCCGAAGGGUCACGGCCUACACAGUGGACGUGACGGGCCGGGAAGGCGCCAAGGACAUCGACAUCAGCAGUCCAGAGUUCAAGAUCAAGAUUCCGCGGCACGAACUGACGGAAAUCUCCACCAUGGACGUGGAGACGCAGCCCGGGAAGACCGUGAUCAGGCUGCCCGCGGGCUCAGGCGCUUCCGGCGACUUCCAAGCGGGGGCCCAUUCUGCUUUGGGACCGGAGUUCCAAGGUGCUGGCCACACGCAGGUCCAGGUCACCGUGCCUGGGGUAAAGGUGGGGAGCCCGGGAGUCAAUGUCAGUGCAAAGGGCUUGGACUUGGGGGGCAAAGGAGGGGUCCAGGCUCCAGGGGUGGGCGUUUCGUCCUCUCUGGGGGGUGGUUCAGUGGAGGUGCAGGGUCCGUCCUUUGGGAGCGGUGGUGAGGGGAAGAUUAAGAUCCCCACCAUGAAAGUGCCCACGUUUGGGGUGUCAGCAGGGCCUGCGGGCCAGGGAGAGGCAGGGCUGACUGUUUCUGCCCCUGAGGUCUCUGUGGGCAGCAAGUCAGGUGUGGCCAUCGGUGGGAGCGUGCAGGGCCCCCGGGUGGAUGUCACUGCACCCAGUGUCAACGUUGAGGGCAAACUGAAGGGUCCCGGCAUCACCAGCCCAUCACUCGAGGGUGACUUAGGCCUGAAAGGGACCAGGCCCCAGGGGACCGUGGGUGUGGACCUCUCCGCUCCCAAAGUUGAGGGCAGCCUUAGCGGCCCAGCUGUGGAAAUUCGAGCCCCUGAGGUCGAUAUUCAUGGCUUGGGGGGCAAGCUGAACAUCCCCAAGAUGAAAGUCCCCCAGUUCUCAGUGCCCGGUGUGAAGGGAGAGGCAGCUGGCGUGGACGUGACGCUGCCUGCAGGUGAAGUGACUCUCCCUGGGGUGUCUGCGGGUGUCAGCCUGCCUGAAGCUGCCUCCGGGAAGCUGAAGGGUGCCAAAGUCAAGGGUCCUGAGAUGAUCGUGCAGAAGCCUAAGAUCUCCAUGCAGGAUGUUGACCUGAGCCUCGGGUCCCCCAAACUGAAAGGAGAUACCAAGAUUUCCGUUCCCGGAGUCCAGGGGGAUGUGAAAGGCCCUCAGGUGUCAGUGAAGGGCUCCAAAGUGGACAUUGAGACCCCCAGCCUAGAGGUUCAGGGCCCCAAGCUCAGUGGUCCCUCUGGGAAAACAGGCACCUGCAAGAUCUCCAUGGCUGAUGUGGACUUUAAUGCGGUCUCCCCUAAAGUGAAAGGGGGUGUAGAUGUCACGCUCCCAAAGGUGGAAGGGAAAGGCAAAGGCCCUGAGGUGGACAUCAGCGCCCCCGAGGCUGAUGUGCGUGGCCCAGACUGGAACCUGAAGAUGCCCAAGAUGAAAAUGCCCAAGUUCAGCGUUCCAGGAGUCAAAGGGGAGGGUCCCGAGGUGAAUGUGAAUCUCCCCAAAGGAAGUGCCAGUGUUUCAGGACCUGAGAUCAAUGUUGAAGCCCCCGGUGUCCACAUUGGGAGCUCAGGGGGCAAACUGAAGGGCCCCGACGUAAAAAUGCCUGACCUGAGUAUGAAGACACCUAAGAUCUCUGUGCCAGAUGUAGAUCUGCACCUCACGGGCACAAAGAUGAAGGGAGAAUACGAUGUCACAGUGCCAAAACUUGAAGGAGACAUGAAAGGCCCUAAAGUGGACAUCACUACCCCCGAUGUGGAAAUACACGGUCCAGACUUGCAUCUGAAGAUGCCCAAGAUGAAAAUGCCCAAAUUCAAUGUGCCUGGAGUCAAAGCAGAGGGCCCUGAAGUGGAGGUGAAGCUGCCAAAGGCUGAUAUGGACAUUUCUGUCCCCAAAGUGGACGUCAGUGCUCCAGAUGUGAGCAUUGAGGGACCGGACGGGAAACUGAAGGGGCCCAAGUUUAAGAUGCCGGACAUGAAUAUCAAAGCCCCGAAGAUCUCUGUGCCAGAUGUCGACUUACAUUUGAAAGGCCCCAAAGUCAAAGGGGAAUAUGAUGUCACCGUACCAAGGGCUGAAGGUGAGAUAAAAGUGCCCGAUGUUGAACUUAAAAGUGCCAAAGUGGACAUUGAUGUCCCGGAUGUGGAUGUGCACGGUCCAGACUGGAACCUGAAGAUGCCCAAGAUGAAAAUGCCCAAGUUCAGCAUGCCAGGCUUCAAGGGAGAGGGCCCAGAGGUGGACGUGAACCUGCCCAAGGCCGACCUUGAUGUCUCAGCACCCAAGGUGGACAUUAAUGUUCCAGAUGUGAAUAUUGAAGGUCCAGAUGCAAAAAUAAAAGGUCCUAAAUUUAAGAUGCCAGAAGUGAAUAUAAAGCCUCAGAAGAUAUCAAUGCCAGAUGUUAGCUUGAAUUUGAAAGGCCCUAAAAUUAAAGGUGAUUAUGAUGUGAAGGCUCCAAAAGUUGAAGGAGAGAUAAAAGUCCCAGAUGUUGAUGUUAAAGGCCCCAAAGUGGACAUCAAUGCCCCAGAUGUGGAUGUUCAAGGCCCAGACUGGCACCUGAAGAUGCCCAAAGUGAAGAUGCCCAAGUUCAGCAUGCCAGGCUUCAAGGGAGAGGGCCCUGAGGUAGAUGUGAACCUGCCCAAGGCUGACAUAGAUGUUUCAGCACCCAAGGUGGACAUUAACGUUCCAGAUGUGAAUAUUGAAGGUCCAGAUGCAAAAAUAAAAGGUCCUAAAUUUAAGAUGCCAGAAGUGAAUAUAAAGCCUCAGAAGAUAUCAAUGCCAGAUGUUAGCUUGAAUUUGAAAGGCCCUAAAAUUAAAGGUGAUUAUGAUGUGAAGGCUCCAAAAGUUGAAGGAGAGAUAAAAGUCCCAGAUGUUGACGUUAAAGGCCCCAAAGUGGACAUCAAUGCCCCAGAUGUGGAUGUUCAUGGCCCAGACUGGCACCUGAAGAUGCCCAAAGUGAAGAUGCCCAAGUUCAGCAUGCCAGGCUUCAAGGGAGAGGGCCCUGAGGUGGAUGUGAACCUGCCCAAGGCCGACCUUGAUGUCUCAGGACCCAAGGUGGACAUAGACACUCCUGAUGUUGACAUUCAUGGCCCAGAUGCCAAACUGAAGGGCCCCAAGUUCAAGAUGCCGAGCAUGAACAUACAGACACACAAAAUCUCUUUGCCUGAUGUUGGACUUAAUCUGAAAGGCCCCAAAAUGAAAACUGAUGCUGGUUUUUCCCUUCCCAAAGUGGAAGGGGACUUGAAAGGUCCUGAAAUUGAUGUGAAAGCCCCUAAAAUGGAUGUGGAUGUUGGUGAAGUUGAUAUUGAAUGUCCAGAAGGAAAACUGAAAGGUCCCAAGUUCAAGAUGCCCGACAUGCACUUCAAGGCCCCCAAGCUCUCCAUGCCCGACGUUGACUUACACAUGAAAAGCCCCAAAAUCAAAGGGGACAUGGACGUGUCUGUGCCCAAGAUAGAAGGGGAAGUGAAAGCGCCAGAAGUGGACAUCAAAGGCCCCAAAGUGGACAUCAAUGCCCCAGAUGUGGACGUUCAUGGCCCAGACUGGCACCUGAAGAUGCCCAAGAUGAAAAUGCCCAAAUUCAACAUGCCAGGCUUCAAGGGAGAAGGUCCUGAUGUGGAUGUGAACCUGCCCAAGGCUGAUCUUCAUGUUUCUGGCCCCAAAGUGGACAUUGAUACUCCUGAUUUGGACAUUGAGGGGCCAGAAGGAAAAUUGAAAGGCUCUAAAUUUAAGAUGCCAAAAUUGAAUCUCAAAUCUCACAAGAUCUCCAUGCCAGAUGUGGACUUGAAUUUGAAGGGACCCAAACUGAAAGGAGAGAUAGAUGCUUCCAUGCCAGAACUAGAAGGUGAGCUCAGAGGUCCACAAGUGGAUAUUAAAGGGCCCAGUGUGGAUGUGGAGGUGCCAGACGUCAAUCUGGAGUGUCCUGAUGCCAAGCUGAAGGGCCCCAAGUUCAAGAUGCCGGACAUGCAUUUUAAGGCCCCCAAGAUCUCCAUGCCUGACGUGGAUUUACACUUGAAGGGUCCUAAGGUCAAAGGGGAUGUGGAUGUGUCAGUGCCCAAGAUAGAAGGUGAAAUGAAAGUGCCAGAGGUGGACAUUAAAGGACCCAAAAUGGACAUUGAAGCCCCAGAUGUGAGCCUUGAGUGUCCAGACGCCAAGCUGAAGGGCCCCAAGUUCAAGAUGCCAGACAUGCAUUUCCAUGCCCCUAAGAUCUCCAUGCCCGACGUGGAUUUCAACUUAAAGACACCUAAAAUCAAAGGAGAGAUGGAUGUGUCUGUGCCCAAGAUAGAAGGUGAAGUGAAAGUGCCAGAGAUGGACAUUAAAGGCCCCAAAGUGGACAUCAGUGCCCCAGACGUGGACGUUCAUGGCCCAGACUGGCAUCUGAAGAUGCCCAAGAUGAAAAUGCCCAAGUUCAGCAUGCCAGGCUUCAAGGGAGAAGGUCCUGAUGUGGAUGUGAACCUGCCCAAGGCAGACAUUGAUAUUUCAGGACCCAAGGUGGACAUUGACGUUCCAGAUGUGAAUCUGGAGUGUCCAGAGGCCAAGCUGAAGGGCCCCAAGUUCAAGAUGCCGGACAUGCAUUUUAAGACCCCCAAGAUCUCCAUGCCCGACGUGGACUUACACUUGAAGGGCCCCAAAGUCAAGGGAGACGUGGAUGUGUCAGUGCCCAAGAUAGAAGGUGAAAUGAAAGUGCCAGAGGUGGACAUCAAAGUACCCAAAGUAGAUGUUGAAGUUCCAGAUGUGAGCCUUGAGUGUCCAGAUGCCAAGUUGAAGGGUCCCAAGUUCAAGAUGCCUGACAUGCACUUCAAGGCCCCCAAGCUCUCCAUGCCUGACGUAGACUUACACAUGAAAAGCCCCAAAAUCAAAGGGGACAUGGAUGUGUCUGUGCCCAAGAUAGAAGGGGAAGUGAAGGUGCCAGAGGUGGACAUCAAGGCACCCAAAGUGGACAUCAAUGCCCCAGAUGUGGACGUUCAUGGCCCAGACUGGCACCUGAAGAUGCCCAAGAUGAAAAUGCCCAAAUUCAGCAUGCCAGGCUUCAAGGGAGAGGGCCCAGAGGUGGAUGUGAACCUGCCCAAGGCCGACAUUGAUGUUUCAGCUCCCAAAGUGGACAUUGACGUUCCAGAUGUGAAUCUGGAGUGUCCAGAGGCCAAGCUGAAGGGCCCUAAGUUUAAGAUGCCAGACAUGCAUUUCCAUGCCCCAAAGAUCUCCAUGCCUGAUGUGGAUUUCAACUUAAAGGCACCUAAAAUCAAAGGAGAGGUGGAUGUUUCUGCCCCAAAGCUGGAAGGGGAAUUAAAGGGACCAGAAGUUGAUAUUAAAGGCCCCAAGUUGGAUGUUGACAUGCCAGAUGUAUCUGUGGAAGGUCCAGAAGGCAAAUGGAAGAGUCCUAAGUUUAAGAUGCCAGACAUGCACUUCAAAACUCCCAAAAUCUCCAUGCCAGACAUUGAUCUACAUUUAAAAAGUCCCAAGAUAAAGGGAGAUGUGGACGUUGAUGUUCCCAAAUUGGAAGGUGAUCUCAAAGGUCCAGACAUUGACCUGGAAGGACCAGAGGGCAAAUUAAAAGGCCCCAAGUUCAAAAUGCCUGAUAUGCAUUUCAAGACCCCCAACAUUUCUAUGCCUGACGUGGACCUGCAUCUGAAAGGACCCAAAAUCAAAGGAGAUGUAGACAUGUCUGUGCCCGAAGUAGAAGGCAAAAUUAAAGUACCAGAUGUGAAUGUCAAGGGUCCCAAAGUAGACAUAAAUGCUCCUGAAGUUCAUGGCCCAGACUGGCACCUAAAGAUGCCCAAGAUGAAAAUGCCCAAGUUCAGCAUGCCGGGCUUCAAGGGAGAGGGUCCUGAAGUGGACGUGAGCCUGCCCAAGGCCGACCUUGACAUCUCUGGGCCCAAGGUGGACAUUGACGUUCCAGAUGUAAACGUUGAGGGUCCAGAUGCCAAACUGAAGGGCCCCAAAUUCAAGAUGCCUGAGAUGAACAUCAAAGCUCCUAAGAUCUCCAUGCCGGACAUUGACUUGAACCUCAAAGGCCCCAAAGUGAAGGGUGAUGUGGAUGUUUCCCUACCUAAGGUGGAAGGAGAUCUCAAGGGUCCCGAAAUUGACAUCAAAGGCCCCAAAGUUGACAUUGAUGCCCCAGACGUGAAUGUUCAAGGCCCAGACUGGCACCUGAAGAUGCCCAAGAUGAAAAUGCCCAAAUUCAGCAUGCCAGGCUUCAAGGGAGAGGGCCCCGAGGUGGAUGUGAACUUGCCCAAGGCUGACCUUGACAUCUCAGCACCCAAAGUGGACAUUGAAGGCCCAGAUGUGAACAUUGAAGGGCCAGAUGCAAAACUGAAGGGCCCCAAGUUCAAGAUGCCCGAGAUGAACAUCAAGGCCCCCAAGAUCUCCAUGCCUGACCUUGAUUUGCACCUGAAAGGCCCUAAGGUGAAGGGUGAUGUGGACGUCUCCCUGCCUAAGGUGGAAGGUGAGCUGAAAGGCCCUGAAGUUGACAUCAAGGGCCCCAAAGUGGACAUUGAUGCCCCCGAAGUUCAUGGCCCAGACUGGCACCUGAAGAUGCCCAAGAUCAAGAUGCCCAAGAUCAGCAUGCCAGGCUUCAAGGGAGAGGGCCCCGAGGUGGAUGUGAACCUGCCCAAGGCUGACCUUGACAUCUCAGCACCCAAAGUGGACAUUGAAGGCCCAGAUGUGAACAUUGAAGGACCAGAUGCAAAACUGAAGGGCCCCAAGUUCAAGAUGCCCGAGAUGAACAUCAAGGCCCCCAAGAUCUCCAUGCCUGACCUUGAUUUGCACCUGAAAGGCCCUAAGGUGAAGGGUGAUGUGGACGUCUCCCUGCCUAAGGUGGAAGGUGAGCUGAAAGGCCCUGAAGUUGACAUCAAGGGCCCCAAAGUGGACAUUGAUGCCCCCGAAGUUCAUGGCCCAGACUGGCACCUGAAGAUGCCCAAGGUGAAAAUGCCCAAGUUCAGCAUGCCUGGUUUCAAAGGAGAGGGUCCUGAAGUAGACGUGAAUCUUCCCAAAGCGGACCUUGAUAUCUCAGGACCCAAGGUGGACAUUGAAGUUCCAGAUGUGAACAUUGAGGGUCCCGAUGCCAAAUUGAAGGGCCCUAAAUUUAAGAUGCCCGAGAUGAAUAUCAAGGCCCCCAAGAUCUCCAUGCCUGAUAUUGACCUUAACUUGAAGGGCCCCAAAGUGAAGGGUGAUGUGGAUGUGUCUUUACCAAAAGUGGAAGGUGAGGUGAAAGUUCCUGAAGUGGAUAUUAAAGGCCCCAAAGUAGACAUUGAUGUUCCAGAUGUGAAUGUACAUGGCCCCGACUGGCACUUAAAGAUGCCUAAGAUGAAAAUGCCCAAAUUCGGCAUGCCUGGCUUUAAAGGAGAGGGCCCAGAAGUGGAUGUCAACUUGCCCAAGGCUGAUAUUGAUAUCUCAGGACCUAAGGUAGACAUUGAUGUUCCAGAUGUAAAUAUCGAAGGUCCAGAUGCCAAACUAAAGGGCCCCAAGUUCAAGAUGCCUGAGAUGAACAUCAAGGCUCCCAAGAUCUCCAUGCCCGAUUUGGAUCUUCAUCUUAAGGGCCCUAAGAUUAAAGGAGAGGUGGAUGCUUCACUUCCAAAUGUAGAAGGUGAACUUAAGGGGCCUAGUCUUGACAUCAAGGCCCCAAAGGUAGAUAUAGAUACUCCAGAUAUUGACAUUCAUGGCCCAGAAGGUAAACUAAAAGGUCCCAAACUGAAGAUGCCUGACAUGCACAUGAACAUGCCCAAGAUCACCAUGCCAGAAAUUGACUUGAAUUUGAAAGGCUCAAAGCUUAAGGGAGAUAUUGAUGUUUCUGGACCCAAAUUGGAAGGUGACAUUAAAGCUCCCAAAUUGGACAUAAAGGGUCCUGAUGUGGAUAUUUCUGGCCCCAAAGUGAACAUUGAAGGCAAGGCAAAGAAGCCUCGUUUUAAGCUUCCCAAAUUUAAUUUUUCGGGCUCCAAAGUUCAGACACCUGAGGUGGAUGUCAAAGUUAAAAAACCAGACAUUGAUGUCACAGGUCCAAAGGUUGAUAUUAAUGCACCUGAUGUUGAGGUCCAAGGAAAAGUGAAAGGGUCCAAGUUCAAAAUGCCUUUCCUGAGUAUUUCAUCUCCUAAAGUUUCUAUGCCUGAUGUGGAGUUAAAUCUGAAAAGUCCUAAAGUCAAAGGAGACUUAGAUGUUGCAGUUCCUAGUUUAGAAGGUGACCUUAAAGGACCCAAACUGGAUGUCAAGGCACCAGAAGUGCAUCUUGAAGCACCCGAUGUGGAUGUUCAUGGUCCAGAGUGGAAUUUGAAAAUGCCUAAAAUGAAAAUGCCCAAGUUUGGUGUGCCUGGUUUGAAAGCAGAAGGGCCAGAUUUCUCUGUGGACCUGCCCAAAGGAGAUAUCAACAUUGAGGCUCCCACUAUGAACAUUGAGGGCCCAGAAAUAAAUUUGGAAGGUCCAGAAGGAAGCUUAAAGGGACCCAAAUUUAAGAUGCCUGACAUGAAUAUCAAAGCUCCCAAGAUCUCCGUGCCUGACAUUGACUUAAACUUGAAGGGCCCCAAGAUCAAAGGGGAUGUGGAUGUUUCACUACCUAAAGUUGAGGGGGACCUGAAGGGACCAGAUGUUGAUAUCAAAGGCCCCAAAGUCGAUAUCAGUGCCCCAGAUGUGGAUGUUCACGGCCCAGACUGGCACCUGAAGAUGCCCAAGAUGAAAAUGCCCAAGUUCAGCAUGCCAGGCUUCAAGGGAGAGGGCCCCGAAGUGGAUGUAAACCUGCCCAAGACUGACCUUGACAUCUCUGGACCCAAGGUAGACAUUGACGUUCCAGAUGUGAACAUUGAGGGCCCAGAUGCCAAACUGAAGGGCCCCAAAUUCAAGAUGCCUGAAAUGAACAUCAAGGCCCCCAAGAUAUCCAUGCCAGACCUUGACUUUAACCUGAAAGGCCCCAAAAUAAAGGGCGAUGUGGAUGUGACUUUGCCAAAAGUGGAAGGUGAACUAAAGGGCCCUGAAGUGGACAUCAAGGGCCCCAAAGUAGACAUUGACACUCCCGAUAUUAACAUUGAGGGCCCAGAGGGGAAACUGAAGGGCCCCAAAUUCAAGAUGCCAGAGAUGCACAUAAAGGCUCCCAAAAUAUCGAUGCCUGACCUUGACUUAAAUCUAAAGGGUCCAAAGUUGAAGGGUGAUGUGGACGUCUCCCUGCCUAAGGUGGAAGGUGAGCUGAAAGGCCCUGAAGUUGACAUCAAGGGCCCCAAAGUGGACAUUGAUGCCCCCGAAGUUCAUGGCCCAGACUGGCACCUGAAGAUGCCCAAGAUCAAGAUGCCCAAGAUCAGCAUGCCAGGCUUCAAGGGAGAGGGCCCCGAGGUGGAUGUGAACCUGCCCAAGGCUGACCUUGACAUCUCAGCACCCAAAGUGGACAUUGAAGGCCCAGAUGUGAACAUUGAAGGACCAGAUGCAAAACUGAAGGGCCCCAAGUUCAAGAUGCCCGAGAUGAACAUCAAGGCCCCCAAGAUCUCCAUGCCUGACCUUGAUUUGCACCUGAAAGGCCCUAAGGUGAAGGGUGAUGUGGACGUCUCCCUGCCUAAGGUGGAAGGUGAGCUGAAAGGCCCUGAAGUUGACAUCAAGGGCCCCAAAGUGGACAUUGAUGCCCCCGAAGUUCAUGGCCCAGACUGGCACCUGAAGAUGCCCAAGAUCAAGAUGCCCAAGAUCAGCAUGCCAGGCUUCAAGGGAGAGGGCCCCGAGGUGGAUGUGAACCUGCCCAAGGCUGACCUUGACAUCUCAGCACCCAAAGUGGACAUUGAAGGCCCAGAUGUGAACAUUGAAGGGCCAGAUGCGAAAAUGAAGGGCCCCAAGUUCAAGAUGCCCGAGAUGAAUAUCAAGGCCCCCAAGAUCUCCAUGCCUGACCUUGAUUUGCACCUGAAAGGCCCUAAGGUGAAGGGUGAUGUGGACGUCUCCCUGCCUAAGGUGGAAGGUGAGCUGAAAGGCCCUGAAGUAGACAUCAAGGGCCCCAAAGUGGACAUUGAUGCCCCAGAUGUGGGUGUUCAUGGCCCAGACUGGCACCUGAAGAUGCCCAAGGUGAAAAUGCCCAAGUUCAGCAUGCCUGGUUUCAAAGGAGAGGGUCCUGAAGUAGACGUGAACCUUCCCAAGGCCGACCUUGAUAUUUCUGGACCCAAGGUGGACAUUGAAGCUCCAGAUGUGAACAUUGAGGGUCCCGAUGCCAAAUUGAAGGGCCCUAAAUUCAAGAUGCCUGAACUCCACCUCAAGACACCCAAGAUCUCUAUGCCUGAAGUCGAUCUGAACUUGAAGGGCCCAAAGGUGAAGGGUGAUGUGGACGUUUCUCUGCCUAAAAUGGAAGGAGAACUUCAGGGUCCUGAUAUUGACCUCAAGGGCCCCAAAGUAGACAUCAAUGCCCCAGAUGUGGAUGUUCAUGGCCCCGACUGGCACCUGAAGAUGCCCAAAGUGAAGAUGCCCAAGUUCAGCAUGCCAGGCUUCAAGGGAGAGGGCCCUGAGGUGGAUGUGAACCUGCCCAAAGCUGACCUUGAUGUCUCAGGACCCAAGGUGGACAUUGACGUUCCAGAUGUGAACGUUGAGGGUCCUGAUGCCAAACUGAAGGGCCCCAAGUUUAAGAUGCCUGAGAUAAAUAUUAAAGCCCCUAAGAUCUCCAUGCCGGACCUUGACUUAAAUCUGAAAGGCCCUAAGGUGAAGGGUGAUGUGGAUGUUUCUCUACCUACUGUGGAAGGAGACCUCAAAGGCCCUGAACUUGACAUCAAGGGACCCAAAGUUGACAUUAACGCCCCAGAUGUGGAUGUUCAUGGCCCAGACUGGCACCUCAAGAUGCCCAAAGUGAAGAUGCCCAAGUUCAGCAUGCCAAGUUUCAAGGGAGAGGGUCCUGAAUUGGAUGUGAACCUGCCCAAGGCAGACCUUAAUGUAUCUGGACCCAAGGUGGACAUUGAUGUUCCAGAUGUGAACAUUGAGGGUCCAGAUGCCAAACUGAAGGGCCCCAAGUUUAAGAUGCCUGAGAUGAACAUCAAAGCUCCUAAGAUCUCCAUGCCAGAACUUGACUUUAACCUCAAAGGGCCCAAAGUGAAGGGGGAUGUGGAUGUUUCUCUCCCCAAAGUUGAAGGUGAUCUCAAAGGCCCUGAAAUUGACAUAAAGGGCCCUAAAUUGGACAUAGACACUCCUGAUAUCAACCUUGAAGGACCAGAAGGAAAACUGAAGGGUCCCAAAUUUAAGAUGCCAGAGAUGCACAUUAAAGCCCCCAAGAUCUCUAUGCCUGACUUGGACUUAAGUUUGAAAGGGCCGAAGGUGAAGGGGGAUGUGGACCUUUCACUCCCUAAGGUGGAAGGUGACCUGAAAGGGCCAGAAGUGGAUAUCGAAGGUCCUGAAGGGAAGCUCAAAGGGCCCAAAUUUAAGAUGCCUGAUGUACAUUUCAAAACUCCACAAAUCUCCAUGAGUGACAUUGAUUUGAACUUGAAAGGGCCUAAACUAAAGGGAGAUAUGGACCUUUCUGUUCCUAAAUUGGAAGGAGAUCUGAAAGGCCCUAAGCUGGACAUUGACACUCCUGAAAUUGACAUUCAUGGCCCAGAGGGCAAACUGAAGGGUCCCAAAUUUAAGAUGCCUGACCUCCACCUCAAGGGCCCAAAGAUCAACAUGCCUGAAGUCGACCUGAACUUGAAGGGUCCAAAGGUGAAGGGUGAUGUGGAUAUUUCUCUGCCCAAAGUGGAAGGAGACCUUCAGGGUCCUGAUAUUGACCUCAAGGGCCCCAAAGUAGACAUCAAUGCCCCAGAUGUGGAUGUUCAUGGCCCCGACUGGCACCUCAAGAUGCCCAAGGUGAAGAUGCCCAAGUUCAGCAUGCCAGGCUUCAAGGGAGAGGGUCCCGAGGUGGAUGUGAACCUGCCCAAAGCUGACCUUGAUAUCUCUGGACCCAAGGUGGACAUUGAUGUUCCAGAUGUGAACAUUGAGGGUCCUGAUGCCAAACUGAAGGGCCCCAAGUUCAAGAUGCCUGAGAUAAAUAUCAAAGCUCCCAAAAUCUCCAUGCCUGAUGUUGACUUGGAUUUGAAAGGGCCCAAGGUCAAAGGAGACUUUGAUGUGUCAGUGCCUAAGAUGGAAGGUAGUUUCAAAGGCCCAGAAUUAGACCUCAAAGGUCCAGGUCUGGAUGUUGAAGGCCCUGAUGCCAAACUUGGUGGCCUGAACUUGAAGAUGCCAUCACUGGACAUAUCUGCCCCCAAAGUUUCAGCUCCAGAUAUUGACUUGCACCUCAAGGCCCCUAAAAUUGGAAUUUCUGGUCCCAAGCUAGAAGGUGGUGAUCUGGAUCUCAAAGGCCCCAAGGUUGAUUUAGAGGCUCCGAGCUUGGAUGUACACAUGGAGAGCCCAGAUAUUAACAUCGAAGGGCCAGAUGUUAAAGUGCCCAAAUUCAAGAAACCCAAGUUUGGAUUUGGGGCCAAAGGCCCCAAAGCAGACAUCAAAUCUCCUUCUCUAGAUGUGACUGUCCCUGAUGCAGAACUGAAUGUGGACACCCCUGAAAUUAGCAUUGGUGGCAAGGUCAAGAAAAGUAAGUUCAAGAUGCCAAAAAUUCACAUGAGUGGUCCUAAAAUGAAGGCCAAAAAGCAGGGAUUUGAUCUGACUGUUCCCGGGGGUGAGUUGGAUGCCAGUUUGAAAGCUCCUGAUAUGGACGUCAGUGUGACUGGGCCAGAGGCUGCCUUGAAAGUCGAUGUGAAAUCGCCCAAAACGAAGAAACCGAUGUUUGGGAAGAUGUACUUCCCAGAUGUAGAAUUUGACAUUAAGUCACCCAAGUUCAAAGCCGAGGCCCCUCUCCCCAGCCCCAAAAUAGAAGGGGAGAUUCAGGCACCUGAACUGGAUAUUUCCUCACCUGGGCUACAUGUGGAAGGUGCCGAUGUCAAGCUCAAGGCCCCGAAGUUCAAGAUGCCCGGAGUGGACGUCUCUGGGCCCAAAAUAGAGGGUGACUUGAAAGGUCCCAACCUGCAGGUAGAAGGCCCCGAUGUGAAACUCAAGGGCCCAUCAUUUGGCAUCUCUGGCCCCCAAAUCUCCACCCCUGAUGUGAAUGUAAACUUGAAAGGAGCAAAGAUCAAGGGCGAAGUCCCCAGUGUGGGCCUGGAAGGCCCCGAGGUCGAUCUGCAAGGUCCAGACGCAAAAAUCAAGUUCCCCAAGUUCUCCAUGCCCAAGAUUGGUGUUCCAGGCAUGAAAGUGGAAGGCGGGGUGGCAGGGGUCCAGCUCCCCUCUCUGGAGGGAGGCUUGAGUGCCCCGGAUGUGAAGCUGGAAGGGCCCGAUGUGUCUCUGAAAGGACCCAAUGUGGAUUUACCCUCAGCGAACCUCUCCAUGCCCAAGAUCUCAGGGCCUGACCUUGACCUGAACCUGAAGGGACCAAGCUUGAAGGGAGACCUGGACGCCUCCGUCUCUGGCAUGAAGAUACAGACCCCAGGGCUUGACCUUCGUGGCAGUGGUGUAGACACCACGGCAUCUUUGAAUGUGGGGGCACCCGGUGUGACCCUGAAGGGACCCCACUUGCAGGGAGACAUCAAGGGCCCGAAAGUAUCAGUGGGGGCUCCUGACCUGAGCUUGGAGGCCCCCGAAGGUGGUAUUAAGCUUCCCCAAAUGAAGCUACCCCAAUUUGGCAUCUCCACUUCAGGGUCUGACUUGGACAUUAACGUUCAGGGGCCACAAGUCACUGGCGACCUGAAGGGGCCGGGCCUGGAGGGCAACCUUGGAGGCCUGACCCUGAAAGGGCCUCAGCUCUCAGCACCUGGCGUGGACUUGAACUUGGAAGGGCCAAAGGUGAAAGGGGCCCUCGGAGGGGUCAGCGUCCAGGGCCUGGAGGGGGGCGUCCAGAUGCCUGGAGUGAAGGCCUCUGGGGGUUCCGUGGAGCUCCCGGGGGUGAAUGUGAAACUCCCCUCUGGGCACAUCUCUGCUCCUGAAAUCAAAGGUGAUCUGAAGGGAUCUGGAAUGGGCCUCCACGGGGCCAUGCCCGACGUCAGCCUCAAAGGGCCUUCCUUGAACGUGGCCACUUCUGAGUCCGAGUGUGGUAUCAGCUUGAAGGGCCCGAAAGUCAAAGGAGGUGUGGAUGUUUUAGGGGGGUUCAGCACCCCGGAUAUCAGCCUGAGCCCAGGGCAUGUGAGUGUCUCGGGUGCCGGGGGUGAGCUCAAAGGACCCCAGGUCUCCUCCACCAUCAACGUGGAGGCACCGAGGCUGGCCGGGGGCCUUCAUUUCUCAGGACCAAAGGGAGAAGUUGGGGUCAAAGGUGGGCAGAUUGGACUCCAGGCUCCUGGGCUGAGCAUAUCUGGGCCUGAAGGUCACUUGGAAAGCGGAUCUGGAAAAGUUACAUUCCCUAAAAUGAAGAUCCCCAAGUUUACCACCUCUGGCCGUGAGCUGGUUGGCCGAGAAGUCGGGGUAGAUAUCAACUUCCCCAAAAUGGAGGCCAAUGUUCAGGCUGGGGCCGGAGAGGCCGAAUGGGAGGACUCUGACAUCAAACUCAAAAAGUCCAAAAUCAAAAUGCCCAAGUUUAAUUUCUCCAAGUCCAAAGGGAAAGGUGGAGUCACGGGCUCACCGGAAGCUUCCAUCUCAGGCUCCAAGGGGGACCUGAAGAGCUCAAAGGCCAGCCUGGGCUCUCUGGAGGGCGAGGUGGAGGCCGAGACCGCCUCCCCCAAAAGCAAAUUCUCCUUAUUUAAAAGCAAGAAGCCCAGGCACCGCUCCAACUCCUUCAGCGAUGAGAGGGAGCUCUCUGCGCCCUGCACCCCAACGGGGACUUUGGAAUUUGAAGGGGGGGAAGUGUCAGUGGAAGGCGGGAAAGUGAAAGGGAAGCAGGGGAAGCUGAAAUUUGGUACCUUUGGGGGGCUGGGGUCAAAGAGCAAAGGUCAUUAUGAGGUGACUGGGAGCGAUGAGGAGGCGGGCAAGUUACAGGGGAGUGGUGUGUCCUUGGCCUCCAAGAAGUCCCGACUCUCCUCGUCCUCGAGCAAUGACAGUGGCACCAAGGUCGGCAUCCACCUGCCCGAGGUGGAGCUCUCAGUGUCCACAAAGAAAGAGUAGCAGCUUCUGUGAGUGUGUACAUAGAUGUAUAAACGACAUCAGCCCGGGCGUGUCUGUAUAUAAACUCCCGAGCCCGCAGCCUCAGCAAUAAUGCAGUGACCUCGGCUCUCCCCAGGGCCAGUGCUGGGCGGUAACCGCGACCUGGCGGGCUCCUGACACUUGGCAGAUGGGCCCGAGAGCUGCUAGCGUGCGGUGCCCGCGUGGCAUCCACGCACCAGAUCACCAUCCCGGCCCUUCAGAUGGCAGUUUUGGGUGUUGUGUUGGAUUUUUGGCAUCGAACGCUGAGAGCUCUUGUUUACUAAGCCAGCUUUUUGUGUUUUAUUAUUCUCAUUUUUACUGAACGUAAUUAGUAUUGGGGUCCUGGAAACCCACUCUUUUUUUUUCAUGGUAAUGAACUUUGGGGCUUUUAUUAGUCAGGGGAGGGAUGGGGAAGGAGGCAGAAACCUUCGUUUCUCCUAAGAUGGGAUGGCCUCAGGUAUCACCCCACCCCCAAAUGGGCCGGGAUCUGCUGCAGGCUGAUGUCUGGGCACCCGGCUUCCCCAGGGUGGCGGUUGCGGCCUGUUUGGUGCUCAUGGGGAAAGGGAUUCAAACUUGCAGGUUGCCUCGCUAAAGGCUCCGUGCCAGGCUCCCAUUCUGUAUGUGGAAAUGGGUGUUUUCUUCCUCACUGCCUCAUUCCUUUUAAUCUCUUUCUAAAAAAAAAUAUUAUGAUGAUUAAGGAAAUUUCCAGCACUUUAAUGGCAAAUUAAUUGAGAAUGUAAAAGAAUUGAUGCUGUCGAAGGCAAAUAAAACUGUUUAUUAAUGCU